CCCUUUCGUGCAACAUAACACGUUGUCGGUUCGUGUGGGAUCCUGGUAACAAAGUUCGACCAGAAUGGACAGGACGUCCGACGAUAUCGAUGCUUGACUCAUGAAGUGGAUCCGUUCCAUGAUUUCAGCGACCACGACUACCUCCAUAGGCCAUUUCCUCGUCUCGACGAUAGAUUCAUUGAAGUGGAUUUCCACUUUGACUCUCAGCAAGCGUCCGAACCUCAAGUUGUCGCCUCCGAACCUUGCCGCUGGAUGUCGAGUGAUGCUUUUCGGCUGUGUGAUUGGGCGGAUUACCAUCGAGGCGAGUGGCGAGAACAACUGGAACAAAGUCGUCACAGCGGCGAUCUCGCUGGAGGAAGAGAUCCAGGCUACGCAUUCAUCGAAACUUGCUGUCAUCAAAGCCCAGAAACCGUCCAAAGAGCUUUCGCCGACUGGGUGAACAGAGAAAAGCAAAGACCAACUCGACUCUGGGUCAAUAAAUGGAGACCACCCACUCGUUCGGAAAUAAUGGUAGAGAAACAGAAACGUAUCAAGUUGGCAUCUGAUUUGCAGGAGGUUGUCAUGUCUUUGCAUCGUGAGAAUAGGAUCGCCUAUAUUCAGAAAGGUAUCGCAAUGGGCGACGAUCAGAAUCACGUGCAUGGAGUGAAAAUUCAGAUUUGCUGCUCGGAGAGUGAAGCGAUUAUGGGAUCUCGUGCGCCGAGGCGGAUCCGCCCGGGAAAGCUUUCGAUGCAAGACAUAUACAAGCUGGAGAGGGCAAGGCCGAGGAGGAGACUGGUCGAACUCUUGCAGCCGCUGAGCCCUGAGGGAGAGGUGGCUGAAGCCAUGAGACGGGUGACGAUCGCUCAGGCACAGAACAACACCUGCAUGAAAGAACGAUACGACAACGCUACACCCGCUGCUGCGCCUGACGGCACAUCGGACUUGCACGGCUUGUCACAGCAGGAAUAUGAAUGGAUUAUGGCGCGAGGAUUUAGAGUUGAGGUUUUCGAUCGCCGACCGAUAUACAGCAGCGUAGUCGCUCAUUGGACGUCAAUCGGACCAGAUUCGAAUGCCGCAUUGGAUGCACGAUCGAAAACCCCGUCUUACUCUCGGAGAGAUACAUCGGCUGAGGAUGUAUCAAGUCUGGAAUGGAUCACUGAUCCUGUAGACUGGGAGGGCUUUCCGGACAACAAGUCAUGCGAUUAUGCGGAUUCUAUCGGGGUUCCUUGGAGACAUCUUUAUGAGUACAAGGAUACGGACCAUGGAUUCGUCAGAUGUCAAGGCAGUGCGAUUGAAGCGAAAUAUCUGUUGUCCUCCUGGUUGAAACAGGAGGAACAAUAUGACGACGAUCUGUUGCUCUCUUGGUCGAAACUUGAGAAACACCGGGACGACCAAUCGGAUUCGGGUAGCGACUACGAACCUGCGGAUUUCGGUAUCGGCUUACAUCACCGAAAAGCCAUCGUACUGAACACAUUCAAGCAUAUCGUCGAUACCCUGCAUCACCGGGGCAGGCUCGUCUUCCUGGAGCAGAAAGACGCUGACGCCGGGUAUAUGCACAUACAGGUUUGCUAUCGAUCGAUAGGUUGCCACCCCGACGGACCUGAGGAGCCAGAACGAACUCAGACACGAACAUUGACUUUGGCGGAGAUGUUUGCCUGGCGGUUCGAGAAGAACUUCCCGGUCCACUUUGCGUUCUUGGAGGAUGCCCCAAAUCGACGGGAAGAGGUCGUUACAGCCGUGCGACUGUUGGCCAAACAUCGAGGGGAAAGAAGCUGCCAGUUGAGAUGGUAGAAAGCGUCUGAGUGCUGAAUCGAAUUAGAUGGGACGAUCCAUCAGAUGGAUCGGGACCCUUGUUUUCCAGAGAUAUGAGUUGGCCUGAGAAGCAUAUUUAUAUAGUAGAGUCAAGCUGUACGUUCCGGGUAUAGAAUGGCCAGAAAGAGAAUUUACAGACCGUUCCCAAUGCUUUGUGAAGUAUGCUUCCUCAUCGAAAAGGGAAGUCACAUGUUGUCAUAAGAACUCGAUUGUCUGUUCCAUCUUUUGAGAG